UACUCCUUCUAUUUCCUUUUAUCUGUCACUCUGGCUCCCUCAACUCGCGCCUUUGCAAGAAAAAUUGCAAUGCAAUUCGAAGUCAUUGCGAAAUGCCACACCACCAAGGCUAGGGUCUCCAGGAUGACACUAGCGCAUGGGGUCACGAUGCUACCGACCUUCAUGCCAGUCGCAACCCAGGCUGCAAUCAAAGGUCUAUCGGCGCAGCAAGUGGAAGCAUUAGGAGUCAGCCUAAUCCUCAAUAACACGUAUCACCUCAACCUUCGACCAGGCUUGGAUGUGCUGAACGCAGCGGGAGGUGCACACAAAUUUCAAGGAUGGAACCGGAACCUUCUGACUGAUAGCGGAGGGUUCCAACUUGUUUCAUUGAGCAAAUUUACGAAGAUCACCGAGGAGGGAGCACUAUUUGCUAGUCCGUUCACGGGUGAACCGACGAUGCUAACGCCAGAGGAAAGUAUCAACAUCCAACACACAAUCGGCGCCGAUAUCAUCAUGCAGCUAGACGACGUUGUUUCUAGUUUGACUGUUGGUCCUCGUGUCGGUGAAGCCAUGGAACGGUCUGUACGAUGGCUAGACAGGUGUAUCGAGCAGCACGAACGUGCAGGGAAGGCCGACAAACAGAACCUAUUCGCUAUCGUCCAAGGAGGCUUGGACCCAGAGCUUCGAGACCGGUGUCUGGAAGAGAUGAUAAAGCGACGGGACCGUGUGGCGGGCUAUGCUAUUGGUGGAUUGAGCGGUGGAGAAGAGAAAGAUACGUUCUGGAGAAUAAUCAAGCAGUGCGCUGACAAAUUGCCAGAAGAUCGACCAAGAUACUCCAUGGGUAUCGGUUUUGCUGAAGACUUGCUCGUUUGCGUAGCCCUUGGAGUGGAUAUGGCCGACUGUGUCUUCCCUACCAGAACGGCACGGUUCGGUGUUGCACUGACGCACAAAGGGCCCUUAAACCUCAAGCUCAGCAAGCACGCAGCUGACUUCCGACCGAUAGACGAGACGUGUCCUUGCCCAACUUGCACGUCCAAAAUGACAAGAGCGAUGCUUAACCACAUCGUCACCCAUGAAACGACAGCCGCACAUGCUUUGACCAUCCAUAACAUCGUCUUCCAAGCCCAGGUUAUGGGUAGAGCAAGGGAAGCCAUCAUCAAUGGCACCUUCCCUGACUAUCUGCGCUCCUUCUUCCGCGACUACUUUGGGGACAGCGGAUACCCCGAAUGGUGCGUGAAUGCACUCCGCACUGUAGGCGUGGAUCUCUUGGAAGGAGUGUCUGUCCCGGUUGUACCUGGAAACGCUCCUAAAUGGGAAUAUGCUAAUCCAUAA